CAGUCAUAAAAGUGGGUGAGGUUUAUAAUUACCACCUCAGCUCCAUGAUAAAUGGCUCAGAGAAUAUAAUUAAUAAGCUGAUCAUGGCCAAAAUUCCAGACUACCAGUUCUACAUACUAAUGAAGGAUGUGUAUGGAGAGAAGGCUCCAGGGAAAAUCAUGACUUUCCUAGUAGGUUCUUUUGCAAGUGGUCCAAAUCCAAAACCUGUUCAAGUGUUCCGAGGUGAACUGCUCACUCAGAUUCCCCAACAAGAUCAAGAGUGGUCAGUACGCUAUGAUGGAAGACCACCUCACAACUUUCGCUCCAUAAAAGACACCAGUGUCACACUGUAUGGUGGUGAACACGAUGAGUAUGUUUCUCUACUGAAUGGCAAAGCGCUGCACCUUUUGGAAGCUAUUGAGAAGCCAUACAAUCGAUUCACUGUGUUCUCUGAGUACAGUAAACUAGAAUGGGGUGGCAGGCUGAAGAAAGGUGACCUGGUCUAUGUCAAGCUCCCCACACCUGUACCCACCUGGUCUGCUGGUGCAGUGAGAUAUGUUGGACCUGUGGGGUCAUUACCAGGGAUAAACUUUGGAGUGGAGAUCAAGGAUUCUCGUUACCUUGGAAAAGGCAGCACUGAUGGUUUCUAUAGGGGAUACAGAUAUUUUGAGUGUGAUAAAGACCGUGGUCUCUUUGUGUCUCUGGAUAAGCUAGCUGCACGCGCUACAUUGCACCAAGUGCUAAUAGCUUCUUUGCCGGAAAUCAUCGAUGUCAUCCAAGGGUCAUCUGUCGAUAUGCCCUCUCGCUUCAAGAUCAACGAUCGUGUGGUGGUCUACAACAGGAAGAAAGAACCCAUGGGUGGAACUGUUCGCUGGAUUGGUAGAGAUGUACACACUAGAACAAUGGACACCAACCACAUAGGGAUUGAAACAGAUUGGGUUGCUGUCACUAAUCUCUUCCCUAAAGCAUUGACAGGAAUACUUCACUUAUUUAAGGCUAAAUCUGGUCAUCGUUUGGUGGUCCCCGAGCACCUUGUGUUCAGAGAGGACUUGGCCAACACUCGCACACCCCCAGCUAGAGAUGUUGACCUUAUAGACCCAGCAGCUGUUGCACGAGAGGAGGGCAAGACUGAGAGACAGUUUAUAGCAGAGCAGAAAAAGGUUUUGAAGGAUGCUGAAGAGGCUAAGAGAAAGGAGGCCAAAAGAAAAGCUGCGGAGGAAAACGCUAGAAAAGAGAACAGAGGAAAUACCUCGAAUCCGAAACUAAAGAGUGCACUUCGAAUUCCACUUGAUAAGAGCAUUAAUUUGUCCGCUCAGAAAGAAGCACUAAAAGCUUUUGAAGAAGCAAUAAAAAAAGAGCAAGACCUCGCUGAACAAAGAAGAGAAAAUCAACUUCAGAAACAACAUUCAUGGCAUCCUGGAAGUGAUUUCACGUAUGAGACCAUACCUGAUGACGGAAUUAGACCCCAUCCAGUACCACGUCAGAAUGAAGGAGCUGCUGCAAAUUCAGUCGAUCAUGAGAAGGUACAUCAGCAACAAGGGCAGCAACAAGGGGGACCUGGAGGUUACCCACAAAACUAUUCCCAACCCCCCACAGAUCAAUCUGACCCACACAGAGGUACUGGGCAGAACCAUGAUCUGGAUCUACCACACCAUAGCAACACAAGACCAGAGGGUGUCCAGCCACCACAACCAUUAUAUUUGGAGGACUACAUGGAUGGAUGUACUGAUGGAACUUUCACAACUACAGGAGAGAAGCACUUCACCUGUGCUUAUGGUAAAGGGUUGUACUUCCCACUGGCUAGCCUCCGUCCUGAUGAAAGGUUUGGACUACAAGCUGGACAUGCUGCAUCAUCAGUAGGGAAUCGUGUUGUCCCGACUCUGCCCAAAGAGAACAAAGAUGAUAUCAUUGAGGGGCUUAAACAAGAAAACAGAAACCUUGAACAGAGAAUCAAAACCAAUCAGGCUGAGCAGUCUCAACAUAUCCAACUAUUGGAAGCUAGGUUACAACGAUUCAAUGAGCGAGAACGUACCACUUCUCAAAAAAUAGCCGAGAAAGAAAAGCAAAUACAACAACUUCAAGGAGACCGACAGAGGGCAUCCGACAGAGCCCAGCUGGUAGAAGAGCGAGAAAUGGCUGGGCGACUUGAAUUAGAAGGCAAGACGAAAGAGUUGACAGCACACAACACAGAGGUGUGGAGGAUUCCGGCCAACAGAGUGAUCAUUGGCAGGAGAAUUGGCAAAGGAGGGUGGGGGGAGGUGCUGGAGGGAACAGUGAGCGUGGCGGUCAAGCGACUACACGAAGAAAUUGAAUACCCAAUUUUUAUUGAGAAAAUGGAGAGAGAAAUGAAGUUAUUGGCUGAAGUGCGACACCCAAACCUUGUGCAAUUCAUUGGUGCUAUUUUUGAUGAGCAAAACAAUAAAUCCCCUCCUACCCUCGUUACCGAGCGUCUGGAUAUGAAUCUCCGACAAGCGUACGAACGAAAGCAACUGAACCCAGGAAACCGCCCCUCGAUCUUCAUGGACAUUGCCCUAGCUCUGAACUACCUGCACCAGCGCUACGAUCCCAUCAUCCACCGUGAUGUGAGUGCUCCCAACGUCCUACUCCAGCGAAUGCCCAACCACCAGUGGAAGGGGAAAGUCUCUGACCUCGGCUCAGCCAACUUCCUACAGCAUGCUCAGACUAGUGGUGAAGGAUGCGUACUUUAUUCAGCCCCUGAAGUGAUACCUCGAGCUUACAAUCCAAAACAAGAACAAAUUCCACAAACAACAAAGAUUGAUGUGUACAGCUACGGUGUUUUGUUAUGUGAGGUCAUCACUAGCACAUUUCCAGCAGUAAAAAAUUACUGGAGCAUGCUUAAAGAAGUCGAAAAAGACUAUCCAAAAUUCCACGAUCUGAUUACUAACUGCACUCAAGAGAGCCCCGACCACCGACCAACUAUGGCUCAAGUUCUGAACAUAUUAAAAGAUGACAAAAUGCCUAAAAUUUAGUUAGAACCUUAUUUUUGUAUGAGUGUACCCGAUAUUAUUAUACAUUGUACAUUUUAUUGUGAAACUAAUAAUUAUUGCGAGAGGGGCUGGUAAUAGAGCAAGCGAUUGAGCUAUAGGUAAAGAAAUGGAAACUGUGGAGGAAAAGCUAGAAAAGCUGCAGAAGAGAACACUAGAAAAGAGAAAAGAGGAAAUAGACUAGAUCUACGUUAAAUCCGGAACUCAGAGAAGUAAAAGGUGCACUUUCACCUAAUGAGAGCUUCUGCUCAGCAUGCAAGAGGCAAUGGAAGCUUUUGAAGCAGCAAAAAAAAGACAAGACCUUGCCAGCACUAACACUGAACAAGGAAGAGAAAAUCUAAUUCAGAAACAACAUUCAUGGCAUCCUGGAAGUGAUCCCACGUAUGAGCCCAUACCUGAUCCAGUACCACGUCACAAUCGUCAGAACGAAGGAGCUGCUGCAAAUGUUCCAGUCGAUCAUGAGAGGGCCCACCAGCAACAAAGGGGUCAUGGGGGACAUGGAGGUUACCCACCAACUUAUCCCCACCCCCCCAAGCCUCCCAAGAUCAAGACCCACACAGGAAUAUUGGGCAGACCCAUGAUUCAAGAUAUCCACCCCAACAGGGUAACACAAGACCAGAGAAUGUCCAGCCACCACAACCACAGCAUGACAUGAGACGAGUGAACAGUCAACCAAAU